CGCAACAACAGGAAGAAGAGAGUGGCUAGGAGAGAGAGGGGCAGCCAUGAAAGCAAUGGUGAGACAGAGUGUGGUGGUGUUAGCAGCGAUUCUGAUCGGACAAAGCUGGUGGGCAGAAGGGGCGUUCCGUGAUGGGUUCGUGAGAACGAGAGGGGUGCAGUUCCUCAUCAAUGGCUAUCCGUACUACGCCAAUGGCUUCAACGCCUACUGGCUAAUGUACGAAGCCUCCGAUCCAUCCCAACGCUUCAAAAUCUCCGACGCCUUCCGAGACGCCUCCCGCCGCGGCCUGAGCGUCGCUCGCACCUGGGCCUUCAGCGACGCCGGCUACCGUCCCCUUCAAUUCUCCCCCGGCUCCUACAACGAGCAAAUGUUUCAGGGUCUGGAUUUCGUGAUAUCCGAGGCGAGAAGAUAUGGGAUCAAGCUGAUACUGAGCCUGGUCAAUAACUACGACAGCUUCGGGGGGAAGAAGCAAUACGUGGACUGGGCUAGAAGCCGAGGCCAGUACCUGACAUCGGAAGAUGACUUCUUCACAAACCCUGUUGUGAAAGAUUUCUACAAGGACCAUGUCACGACUGUUUUGAACAGAUUCAAUACCUUCACCAAUGUUCAUUACAAGGAUGAUCCAACCAUUAUGGCUUGGGAGCUCAUGAACGAACCCCGUUGCACCUCUGAUCCCUCUGGACGCACCAUUCAGGAUUGGAUUACGGAAAUGGCCGCUCAUGUGAAAUCUCUGGACAGUAAGCAUCUGUUGGAAGCUGGCCUGGAAGGGUUCUAUGGUCAAUCUUCCCCUGAGAGGAAGAAUCUGAACCCUCCUGUUAACGUUGGAACCGAUUUCAUAGCCAAUAACCGCGUCCCUGGCAUUGAUUUCGUCACGGUUCACUCGUAUCCCGACCAAUGGUUGCCGUACUCGAACGAUGAAUCCCAGUUGGAUUUCUUGAACAAAUGGCUCGACGCUCACAUUCAAGACGCCCAAAACGUUCUUCAGAAACCAGUCCUAAUGGCAGAAUUCGGGAAAUCGACUCAUGCGCCUGGAUUUUGUCUAGACAAAAGGGAUACGAUCUUUAAUACGGUGUACGGAAAGAUAUACGCGUCGGCCAAGGGACAGGGUGCGGCCGCAGGGGGACUGUUCUGGCAGCUCCUGACCGAGAGUAUGGAUAAUUUUCAAGACGGCUAUGGGAUCGUGCUGAGCGAGGGCUCGUCCACCGUUAACGUCAUCUCUCAACAGUCUCGUAAGUUGGGUUUGAUCCGUAGAAUGUUCGCCCGGAUGAGAAACGUCGAGAUAUGGAAGAGGGCGAGGAAUGGGGCAAAGAAAGUGUGGGGUCCCUAAAUUAAAUACGGAUAAAGUAGAGGGGUCGUUUUGUAAUUUCAAGUAUGUAAAUUCUCUUAGAGAUGGGUUUAUGCCAUGGUGAUGAUGACAUCAGCUCGUCCAGGAGAUAUGAGUCCGGGAUAGAUGAAUAGCAGUUAAUCACAAACCAAUUACUAAAAUAUAUAUAUGUAUGUAUCGUUUAUGUUAAUUUUAAAUUUUAUAUCAAAAUAUAGUUUCAUGAA